CGGAAGGUCAUCCAGAAGGUCGUCCGGCUGUUUGGUCUAAUUAGCCUAUUAGCUCUCUAUUAUAUAGGAUUCCCGUGGUCAUGUAACAUCAAAUCCAGGUCUUGUCUACUAACGAAUCCCCUUGCCACCACCGGCCCAUGCUCCACCUGCACCACCAUCUCUUGGGGACAAAAUUCUCCCCGAAGGCCUGCGCCCCGAGCCGAGCGACGCGAACCAAGGAAGUGAGAUGCCUGUCACACUGGCUUUGAACGAGCUUCUUGACUUCCUGCAAAGAGGCCGCGGGGCCGCGCUUUUGGAGAAGUUAGUGAAACCAAUCUGACAUCACCACCCACCGCCCCUGGAGACCAGCGAGUGGCUCGUUCUCAGGGCGGCAGAGGAGGAAAUCGCUGGGGUCUGAGAAGACAUCCGCGAGGGAGGGACGCAUGCUGGGCCACAGGCCGAUCUCCUGAUAAUGACCAUGGAUUUGUGGCUGAAGCUGCUGGCUUUGGCCUGUGUCUGUCUGGACGCCGGGGUCGUCGGGCAAGGAACUGACCAACCUGCUACUACUACUACCACUGUUCCGAACUCGACAGGGAUGCCCGAGGCUCAGCCCACAACUUCCCACUCACCCGCCAGCACCACGCAACUCUCACCCGCAAGCACCUCCGAGCCGGAGAGCAGCAGCCCCCCGACGACCACGCCAGCGCCUAGUAUCGGGGCUCCUCCCGUAGGGACACCCGUGGGCCCCCAGAAAAAUGCCAGUCAGACGGACGUGGCAGGACCCACCUCCACGCAGCUGACUCUCCUUCCCACAGACACGCAGGCACCCAGCACGGCCCCCCCGGCCUCACGCAUCCAUGCUCCGGGCGGCAAUGGCACAGCAGGUGCCCCGAAAGCGCCGGCCCCUUCCGGCACCUCUCCUGCAGACACCAUGGUGGUCACGGCCACAGCCACCGCCAGCCCCGCACUCAGCAACCACACUGACUCACCCACACGCACCUCCAACAGCACCAGCAACUCCUCAGGUUUGGCCCCCACAACCCACCCAACAACACCCACUCAGCGCCUUACAACAAGCCUCACCUUCCCUACCACCACCGCAGCUCCUACGACAACAAAGCAACCAUGUGGUGAAAAAUUUGCGAAUGUCAAUGUGAUCUACGAGUAUGACAAUAAUACUGAAACAUUUCAUGCAAAAGUAGAUGUUGAUGGUAAAUUGGAAUGUCAACCAAAUCAGACAUGUGGCAACAAAAGGGUCGAUGGCCUACCGGAAUGCCAAACGAUCAAUGUUAAAAUAUCUGAUGACUCAUGUGCGGAUCCACCUAAAACUUUAGAAUUACAUGUACCACCAGGCCCUGGAAAUUUCAAGUUAGAUGAAUGUGUAGACCCGGAAAACGCUGACACUUCUAUUUGUUUAGAGUGGACCAUAACUGGAGGAAUGAAGGGUUGUUUAACAGAUAAUAUUACAUACAGCCAUCAGUGUGGAAAGUUUACUUUGACUAAUAAGAAGUUUGAAAAUGGACCCUUUGAUCCCCACCAUAAUUACACUUGUUCUUCAAAAGUGUUCUAUGGAAACCAUCUCGUUGUUGAAAAAAUCCAGACUAUUGAAACAGAUUUUGGACCUCCAGACCUGCCUUCAAAUGUUACCUGUGAAUCUGUCAAUGCAACACAUGGAAGGGCUACCUGGAAAUCUCCUCAACGUUUUUUUCAUAAUUAUCAUCUUUGUUACAAUCUCACAAAUUCAGGUCCCCUAAAUUGCUUCAAACUGAAUAAAAAUAAGGAAGAAUAUAAUUGGGACAAUUUGAACGCUUAUACAACUUAUCAAGUAUCAAUAUACGCCUAUGUCAUUGGAAAAGUACAACGUAAUGGACCUGCUCAGACAUGUACAUUUGAAACAGAAUCAGCAGCGCCCAGCGAGGUCCAGAACAUCAUGGUGAAGGCCUUGUCCGACAACAGCAUGGAGGUAACCUGUGUCCCGCCGGUACAAUUCAAUGGCCCCGCCAACGGUGACUACAAAUUGGAUGUCAAAACAGGGGGCACCCUGGUUACAAGUGACUCUAAGAGAAAGUGCAAAUUCUACGUGACGGAGCUUCACUACUCAACAGAGUACACCUUUGAGGUUUACUACCACAAUGGGAAUCAUGGUGGACCACCAAGAAGUGCUUCUAAAUCAACAUCUUAUAAUUCCAAAGCCCUGAUCGCAUUCCUGGUAUUUCUGAUCAUUGUGACAUCCAUCGCCCUGAUGGUCGUUCUCUAUAAAAUCUACGACCUGCACAAGAGUAGGUCCAGCAAUUUGGAUGAAGAACAGGAACUGGUUGUAAGGGAUGACGAGAAGCAGCUGAUGAACGUGGAGCCGAUCCACGCGGACGUUUUGCUGGAAACGUACAAGAGGAAGAUCGCGGACGAAGGGAGGCUCUUCCUGGCCGAAUUUCAGAGCAUCCCCCGGGUCUUCAGCAAGUUCCCCAUCAAGGAGGCUCGGAAGUCCUUCAACCAGAACAAGAACCGCUACGUGGACAUCCUGCCCUAUGACUACAACCGUGUGGAGCUGUCGGAGAUCAACGGAGAUGCAGGGUCCAACUACAUCAACGCCAGCUACAUCGAUGGUUACAAGGAGCCCAGGAAGUACAUCGCUGCACAAGGUCCCAGGGAGGAGACCGUGGAUGAUUUCUGGAGGAUGAUCUGGGAACAGAAGGCCACGGUCAUUGUCAUGGUCACUCGAUGCGAAGAAGGGAACAGAAACAAGUGUGCAGAGUACUGGCCAUCGAUGGAGGAGAGCGCCCGGGAGUACGGAGAUGUCCUUGUGAAGGUCACGGAGUACAAAACCUGCCCAGAUUACAUCAUCCAGAAGUUCACCAUCACCAACAAAAAAGAGAAGAUAGCCGGGCGGGAGGUGACACACAUCCAGUUCACCAGCUGGCCAGACCACGGGGUGCCCGAGGACCCUCACCUGCUCCUCAAGCUGCGCAGGAGGGUCAACGCCUUCAGCAACUUCUUCAGCGGCCCCAUCCUGGUGCACUGCAGCGCUGGCGUGGGGCGCACGGGCACCUACAUCGGCAUCGACGCCAUGCUGGAGGGCCUGGAGGCGGAGAACAGGGUGGACGUGUACGGUUACGUGGUCAAGCUGCGGAGGCAGAGGUGCCUGAUGGUCCAGGUGGAGGCACAGUACAUCCUGAUCCACCAGGCCUUGGUCGAGUACAACCAGUUUGGAGAGACGGAAGUGAGCCUGUCCGAGUUCCACCCCUACCUGUUGAACAUGAAGAAGAGGGACCCGCCCAGCGAGCCUUCCCCACUGGAGGCUGAGUUCCAGAGACUCCCGUCAUACAGGAGCUGGAGGACACAGCACGCUGGGAACCGGGAGGAGAACAAAAGCAAAAACAGGGCGUCCUCCGUCAUCCCGUAUGACUUCAACAGAGUGCAGCUCAGGCACGAGCUGGACGUGAGCAAGGAGAGCGAGCACGAGUCGGACGAGUCCUCGGACGAUGACAGCGACACCGAGGACGCGGGCAGAUACAUCAACGCCUCGUUCGUAAUGAGUUACUGGAAACCUGAAGUGAUGAUUGCGGCUCAAGGGCCCCUGAAGGACACCAUCGGGGACUUCUGGCAGAUGGUCUUCCAGAGGAAAGUCAAAGUCAUCGUCAUGCUGACAGAACUGAAGAACGGAGAACAGGAGGCCUGCGCUCAGUACUGGGGAGAAGGAAAGCAAACAUUCGGAGACGUAGAAGUUCACGCGAAAGACACCACUGCGUCUUCAGCCUACACCCUCCGUGUGUUCGAGCUGAGACAUUCCAAGAGGAAAGAACCCCGCACCGUGUACCAGUAUCAGUACAGCAGCUGGGGCGCAGACGAGCUCCCCUCGGCGCCCAAAGAAUUAGUCUCCAUGAUCCGGGACCUCAAGCAACACCUGCCCAGGAGGAAGUCCGCGGACGGGAGUAAGCACCACAAGAACGUGCCGGUCCUGGUGCACUGCAGAGAUGGGUCGCAACAAACAGGACUGUUCUGUGCUCUGUUUAACCUCCUGGAAAGCGCCGAGACAGAAGACGUGAUCGACGUUUUCCAAGUAGUGAAAUCUCUGCGCAAGGCCAGGCCAGGAAUGGUCCCUACAUUUGAGCAGUACCAGUUCCUGUAUGACGUCAUCGCCAGCACCUACCCGGCCCAGAACGGACAAGUAAAGAAGAACCCCAACCGAGAAGACAAAAUCCAAUUCAGUAACGAAGUGGACAGACCCAAACCGGAGGCUAAUUGCGUGAGUCCGGUCAGCGCCCAAGAGAAGGUCCAGGCAGAAGGCAGAGAGCAGGACGACCCCAAGCCCAGCAACAGCCCCGCGGGGACAGACCACGCGGCCAACGGCCCCGAGAGCCCAGCGCUGACCCAGAGCGCGUAGGAGGGGCGCGGACCCGGCGGCGCCAAACCUCACUUCCGAGGCGAUUUCUAUUUUUCUACAAGUAUGAGGACAAAGCAGGUGUCCAGUGGAUUCGUGGGGAGGGUGGGGGGGGUGCCUUGGACCAGUGUUGGUGGGGAGCUUCUGUUGUGCUACCGCAGGCAAUAUUUAAGGCAGUUUUGUACAGUCUCCUGCUUAUUUUAAAGUUCUGUCUUUCAGCAAAAAUAACUUCAUGGUUCUUGGCGUGUGUGCUUGUGGGUAUGUGGGGUGUUUCUUGAGGCAGAGAGAGAGGUAAGGGGAUUUCAAGUGCAUCUACGGGCUGGUGGGAAACCUGGAUGUAUGUCUGUGUUUUUUUUUAAAGAAACAAACAAUAUUUUUACCCAAAGUAUUAGCUUAGAGCAUCUAUUUUCUUACAUCCUAGAAUGUGUGCGGGCUGCAAGAAGAACAUGUGUGUUCCUACAAUGACCUGAAGGUGUCCUCGCUGUUCUAUCCACAUAGAUCUUAACAGUUUGCUGUUUCUCUUCCAGGAAUAGGCAUAAAAGUAAAAAAGUGUGUUUAUCUCCCACAGAAAAGUUAACGCGAUUGACAUCCGGAAACCUUACAUCCCAUAUGUUAGCAGUUUAGCAGUCAGCGCGGUCUCUUUGGCCGGCUCAUCUCAGCCAAUUUAAGAAUUUCCAGCAAAACCUUCCUUCCUAUCUUCACAGGGUUGUUUGCAUUUUGGCAAGAGGGCGUGUUCUCUGUCUAAGGUGGGACUUCCAUCGCUCGUUUCUUUCCACCCCCCCGAUGAUACGUGUGUUGGAAUGGAGCUUAAAAAAAAUAUAUAAACAUCUUUACACAGAUGCAGGGUAUCUUCAACCCAUAGGCUACUAGAAAUGGAAAUCGUGCGAAUGUACUCGUGCUAACUCUUUACAGGUGAAACCUCCCAUGGCCGUAUCUGUGGACUGAAACUUUGAUACGAGCAAUAAUACUGUGGCCCGGGCGCAGUUCCCGUGUUAAAGGGUGUCUGGAUUUCUCAAAGGCUGGCGCUGUGGUCAGGCAGCGGUAUCAGACAUAAUAAAAUGGAAACCCGGUCUUUUCCUGUCCUUCACAUAGUGCUCCACGUUCAUGAAUGAAUUAUAUAAACAUAUCCAUAAAACAUAGGUGAUGCUGUUAACAUUUAUAGCUCCAUGUGCCCGGUGGAAAGGUUUGUGGUGGUGUUUCUUUUUAAGAUCUAUAGUUUAAUCAUUACGUAGGUCCUAGGAAAAAAAAUGUCAGCUGUAAUGAUAUGUUUCAAAAAAAAUAAUAAUAAUAAAGAAAACUCCUUUGGCUAAA